AUGCAGGUUUUUGUGAAAACUGUAGCAGGGAAGACAAUUAAACUUGUGGUUGAGAGUUCUGUCGACACAAUUGAAUCUGCGACGGUCAAGAUUGAGGACAUGACUAUUAAACUUGAUGUCCAGAAAGAGCCCACUUAUCAAUUUGAGAUAAUCAUAUUAAAUACCAUUGAUUACCAGAAAUUUACACUCAUUGUAGCGAGUUCAGACACUAUUCAUAGUGUUAAAGCUAAAAUCGAAGAGAAAGUUGAAGGCUAUCCACUUCACGAGCAACGUUUGCUAUAUGAUAAUACGAGGCUGGACGAUUCUCUUACUCUGAAUGAUUACCACAUUUAUUCUAAAUCUACUCUUGAUCUUUGUCGACGAAUUUGA